AGCUGAGGUCUUGGAAGGCUUCCCAGCAACUCCAACCCGGAUAGCAAACAGUCAUUUAAACUUUUACAAUAGAGCAAGGUAGGUCCCUGUAGGUAGAUCAUUACAGCGGACUCUUUUACACUAGAGAGCCACACCUUGCAACCUGCAACAUUUGGACUAAAGAGGAAACUGUGCUGACGAUGAAAUCCCAUAAUUAAGUUCCCUUUUUGUCAUAGCUCAGGGUUACUGCCGUUUGUUCUUUGGGUAAUAGGAAAUUUGUCACCGCAGUCUGUACAUGCAUACAUAGAUACGAAGAACAGAGAAAAACACAUAUGGACACUGCGUCAUAACAACAGGAGUAAACAAUACGAUGGCUGUGUUUCAGAAACCAUCACUUCAGUUAGCAGCUGUUGUGUGUGUGAUCCUUGUGCUUACUUGCUAUUUUAUAAUAUUCUAUAACUGUCCUGGAGAGCUACUCAAAGAGGAGGUUCCCAGUACACAAGAACUGAGGUUGGGACCACUCACUACUCCUCCAUCACCUGGUCCGUGCACCUGUGCCCCCGGCUCAGUGCUCCUCAAAGAUUGCGUUCCUAAGGACCAGUAUGAAGAGCUGGUGAAGCGCAGAGCUAAGGAGUUCCAACAGCAGAAAGCCAGGUCACCAUCUGAAUUAUCCAAACUGCUAUUUGCUUUGCCUAACUCUCCUCUGCAGUAUCCCACCCAGGGUUUUACUGUACGACCUUUGACCCCCACUCUCAUACCAGGUUUAGCACUGCAUGCAGGACACAGAAGCAGCUACAAGGUAUCCUUGCAUGUAUCCAAAGGCAUCCUGACCACAGAGAUUCCAUCUGAAGGUGUGAAGAUCCAAGGUCAUGGUGAGACAAAAUUGAUUAUAGAGUCUAGCAGCCUGGUGAUCCUCAACAACCUGCUGGCUAAAGUGUCCUAUACCAGCACUGUCUACCAUAUACACACUGGAGAUCUCGCCUCCUUCCAGUUUGACAAGCAUGAAGCUGUGUUUCCCAUUACCAUCAAACAGCCUCAGGUGCCAGUCCUAUACGACAUGGGAACAGAUAUCAGCUCGCAAGUCACCAUCACGACAAAGACAUUCCUGCGCUACAGACAACUCAAGGUGUUGUUGAAUAGCAUCCGGAGUUUCUAUAGCAACAUAGAAGUCAUUAUUGCAGAUGACAGCUUUGAACCAGAGCACAUUACUGGAGAACACAUCCAGCAGUACAUCAUGCCUCCAGCACAGGGCUGGUUUGCUGGCAGGAAUCUGGCCAUCUCCCAGGUGACCACCAAGUACUUCCUGUGGGUGGAUGAUGACUUUGUGUUUACGCAGGACACGAAGAUUGAGAAGCUGGUGGAGGUGAUGGAGUCAGUCCCUGAACUGGAUGUGCUGGGUGGGAAAGUAGAUGGGAACCAGUUUUACUUCUAUCUUCACUAUGAAGAAGGUGAGGAAAUGGAAGGCGGCUGUCUGGAUAGGAAAUCUAAGCAGAAGUUCCACCCUCUUCCUGGUUACCCACAAUGCUCUCUGGCCAGUGGGGUGGUUAACUUCUUCCUGGCUCGUACAGAUGCCGUACAGAGGGUGCGAUUUGACCCUAAACUAAAGAGGGUAGCGCACUCAGAGUUCUUUAUGGAUGGGCUGGGCUCCUUGCUGGUCGCCAGCUGUGGCCACGUGUCCAUUGGCCAUCAGCCCCAUAGUGCUCAAAACAAGGAUGAGGCUCGCUACGUCAGUUUCAGACACCCUCAAAAGAGUGAUGAGGACUUCAAACAUCAGCUCCACUUCUUCAAAAACCACUUAAAGUGUGUACGAUAUGGAUAGAAGAAGACUACAGGACAUUGAGUUACAUAUAGACUUUAUAGAUUAUAUAUUAUAUAUUAUAGAUAUAGAUUUUCCUGCACUUAUUCAAAUCAAUGUAUUUAUUUAAUCAAAUAAAGUUUCUGAUUUGGUGUUAUUGCUGAAAAACACAAUAUAUUGUAACUGGACUGUACUUGUAUAGCGCCUUUCUAGUCUUCCGACAACUCAAAACUGCUUUUAAUCGGUUUUACUCAUUUUACAUGCCACAUUCUCCCAUUCAGACACAUUCAUACAGUGAUCAUCACAAACAGAAACAAAUUCAUUCAUUCACAUUCACACACCAUAUCGAUAUCGAGUGAGGUUUGGGGAGAGAUUCUGGAAAAGGUACGAAGUGUCUCUAUUUGUGUGAAACUUGGUGUAAAGUAGUGCUUAGCACUUAUUUUACCAAGGCUCGCCUAGCUAAGAUCUACAAUGAUGUCUCCCCAACUUGUGAUAGGAGUCAAUAGGCCCCCGCUAACCUUAUACACAUGCUCUGGCUCUGUCUAUCCUUCCUUAACUUUUGGGCAAUGCUUUUUAAUACUCUGUCUGAAAUACUGGGCCGAAAGCUUGACCCUAACCCUCUCAGUGCUCUCUUCAAGGUGUCCUUUUCCUCUUUCUCUGUAUCCCAAACGAAUGUAAUUGCAUUCAUCACUUUACUGGCUAGUAGACUGAUCCUGAUAAAGUGAAAAUCUCCAAAACCCCCAUUACAUGUACAUUGCAUUGGGAUGUGAGUUGCAUUCAGAUUUAAAUAUAUAUAUAUAUAUAUAAUAACAUAUUUUAUUUGUAGGGCCAUUUCUAUCUUUGGUGUAAUGUUUUUUGGUUAGCUGAAGUGUGACAGAUUUGUAUAUAUAUCAAAUAAAAUAUGUUACAUAAGUGCCACGUAACAAAAGUUUUUGUUGACGAAAUCGUCACUGCUUCACAGGAGGAAUGAUUACAGCGACCAGCUACUCAACAGACAUAUCACAUUUAAGUAUUUAUUCAGACAGACUUCAGAAUCAGAAUCUACCCUUUUAUUCACAAAAAUAUAGAAACGUGAUGUUUUUAUUUUUCUGUGGGCCACUGAAUGUCUAUUUCAAAUGUUUAUGAUUGUAGUGUGUAGUUCAACAUGCGUGCCACCUUGAUCUGAUAAUAGUGUGAAAACUUGCUUUCUAUGAGGAACAUAAUAAGCUUUGGAAACACUUGUUUGUAAAGAUAAAAACAACUGGUUACAGGCACCCAUAUCAUCUAAAAGUCCUAUGUCAAAUGUCACUGAUAUGUAUGAUUGUUUGGCCAAUGCAUCUCCAACCAGGCUUUUAUGUUUAUUUUUAUUAGUACGGUCAUUAUUACAUCUUGGGAAUUUAGGAUAUUGCUGUCACUCACUCCAUGUGUUACAUAACCUGGAAAACUGAUCUGAUCUUUCUUUGAACUGUUAUUUUACAAGUCACUGAAUAUAAAGCUUUGUGCUGCAUUUGGGGAACAACAGCAUGUGAUGCAAAAAUUACUUAUUGUUUUCUUAGCUUGUGAACAUAAUGUAAUUUGUCUGAAUAUCUAUCUAUCUAUCUAUCUAUCUAUCUAUCUAUCUAUCUAUCUAUCUAUCUAUCUAUCUAUUAAAUUGAUAAAUGCGAAAUGAACGGAGUGAUAGAGGGUAAAUACCAUAAAUAUUCAAAUUAAUCAAUAAUGACAGCAUAAUCAGUUGUAUACGGACAACAAUACUAUGACCACUGUUGGUAUUGAAGUUACUUUUGUAAAAAUAAAAGUUUCCUUCCCAGCAGUAAAUAGUAUUUCAACACUUUGAGGAAUUUGCUACUUAUAAUUUAAUGUAGGGCCUGUAUGAAUGGUGUUCUAAAUUAUUUCUUUAUUAAAAUCAUUUUUUCUUCUCUU